AAAUAUAAAAAAUAAAAAGGAGAAAGAAGAAGAUUUGCAGUUGAAGGAGGAGUGCUUUGCUUUGCUUACCCAAGACACAAAAACCUCAGGGAAGUUAGGCCAAAGGUUAGCUUUCCUCCAGGUUCGCCUCUUUCUUUUCACUUGGAAUCAAAGCAAAGGUUCUUCUUUUCAGUUGAUUCUUGGUCGCCAUCUCCAUCUUCUCUUCUUUCUCUCUCCUUCUAUAUAUCUACUUUCAGCUUUGUUGUAAAUUUCUUCAUUCUAAGGCCUCUAUCCUUAAAUACCCACCUCAGUUUUUGUUUAUGUUUGUUGCUUUUUUGGGGGUGAAUUCUUUGUUAAUUUCGAGGGGUGCUUUGCAAUCUGGAGAUGGGUUUUCUUUUUAAUGGUCUUAAUUUGGUGGGUUAAGAGUUUGGCGCAAGCUUUUCAAUUCAACAGUUUGGUUUACUGCCUAAGCCUUCCUGGUAUUUGUGUUACUACUUCAAUAUGAUAUCUAAAGAACUACAACUCCUUCUUAGUACCAUAUAAAUCUGAUUGAGAGUUUGCAAAUGUUAUUUGGAAAUCAAGUGUGCUAUAUUGGUGCUAUAUUUGUUCAUUACUUUUGAGAGUUGGAAACUGGGAACCAUGAAUACCAGAUACUCUUUUCAACCAGAUUCAUUGUGUACUUCAAGCACUGCAGUUCCAUUUUCAUCAAAUCCUCACGGAGUGGAAGAAAGAAUUGUUGUUGGUAUGCGGAAUAGGCCACCUCGUGCCCCGCCUUCUUCGAUCUUGAUAAGAACGGCGAUGAGGAUAUCUAGAGCAAGGUGGUUUAACUUCUUAAGAAGAGUUUUUCAUUACCAAAAUGGCUCAAGGUCUGAUCUUGGGUCCAACCCUUUCAAUUCUAGCACUUGGAUGAUGCUGGAGUUCUUAGCUUUGGUCAUUCAAAUAAGCAUCAUAGCAUUCACUUUGGCUAUUUCAAAGGAGGAAAGGCCAAUUUGGCCUAUGAGAAUUUGGAUUGUUGGCUAUGAUAUUGGUUGUGUCCUUAGCUUGUUACUUCUUUAUGGGAAUUAUCAUCUUCACAUAACUCAAGGAGAUCGUUUUGGCCUUUCCGAUAUCGAACAACAGAGAACCAAUGAAGAAUCAAGAAUGUUCAGGAGCUCACAUUUGAUGAACAAAUGCCGGACUUCACUAGAGCUGUUCUUUGCAAUAUGGUUUGUAAUGGGAAAUGUUUGGGUGUUUGAUUCUCGAUUUCGAUCCUUCCAUCGAGCUCCGAAUCUCCACGUACUUUGUAUCUCAUUGCUAGCUUGGAAUGCUCUGAGCUACUCUUUCCCAUUUCUGUUAUUCCUACUUCUGUGCUGUUGUGUGCCACUUACUAGCAGCCUCCUAGGUUACAACAUGAACAUGGGUUCCAUUGACAGAGGAGCAUCUGAUGAUCAGAUCUCCAGGCUGCCUAGUUGGAGAUACAAAGAAAUCAACACCAACUUAGACCUCGAUCAUGAUUUGAACUGCGGCACAAGCCAGGCAAAUGAAGAUCCAGAAUGCUGCAUUUGCCUAGCCAAUUAUAAAGACAAAGAAGAGGUGCGGCAGUUGCCUUGUUCCCACAUAUUUCACCUCAAGUGUGUGGAUCAAUGGCUCCGAAUCAUAUCUUGCUGUCCUCUUUGCAAACAAGCACUGGACAGAUAGAAAACAAGAACGAGCACUGGAUGUGAGUAUCAAGUUCGAGUAUGUAUCGAACAUGGUGACGUUCAAUUUUAUUUUUAAAAGUCUUUCCAUUAAUUUGGAGCAUCCUUAUUCUCAUACUCAUGUUCGAAAAUCUGUCGAACAUGAAUAUUUUAAGAAACAUGAAGAGGCGAAGCGACAUAUAUGAUCACAGCUCUUUUUUUUUUUUGGCAAUAUUUCUUUUUUCCCACAAAGUUCCUCCUUGAUUCACUAUUGUGUGAGAUUGAUCUGUAUAUUUACAAAGGUUACUUGAGUGAGUUGUUUGUACAGUGUUCCUCACCAGUAACCAAAAACCUUACUGAAGUAUAUAAACAGGGCCCAGGGGCUUCCUCCUGUUUAAGAACUUAACAGGAUGGACGUGGAUAUUACAUUGAAGUUUGAAAUCAACUGUAAUCUGUAAAAUAUUCCGCCUUUGUUAUUUGGCUA